UUUACUUGCUUGUCAUUUGAGGGGGGACGAAAGGUAUAUAAAACCCAGCUUUUCCUCUUUCUCUUUUUUUUUUGUUACUUUAUCCCUAUGACGCAAAAUAAAUACUUGGCAUUAUCUGCAGUGGCAGCCGCCACUCUCAUUAUUUACAAAUUGUUAUCCAAGGAACAAGAUGACGAGAAAUUGCCUCCGUUGGUAAAAGGUGCAUUACCCUUCCUGGGUCAUAUCAUUCAAUUGCAGCGUAAUCCUCGAAAAUUCAUUCAAGAAGCCAAAAGAGAGUAUGGUCCAUGUUUCCGAUUGCGCAUUCCCACUCAAGGCACUAUCGUUGUUGUCACGAGUGAAUUGAUACCAGAAGUCAUGAAAAAUACCAAAAACUUUAGCUUUUCACAAGGUAUUGAAAACAUUGUGCCUACUGCUCAAGUCGUCCAUUUAUCCUAUGACCAUAAAUACAUUGCUGAAGAAAUCAGUCCUAGAGCAAAGAACCCAGUUAUUUAUCCAAUUAAACAUAAUUUUAAAGAUGAUCAAAUCCAUGUCUUCUCCACGCGCAUUCAAACAGCCUUGAGAAAAGGAUUACAAGAAGAGUUUGAUAUAGCACCAGGCGAAGAACGAGCUGUCAAUAUGCAAAAAAAGCUUGCUUAUUUGGUUUCAAAUAUCUCUUGUCCCUGUUUUGCCGUGAGUAAUAUCAGCAAAGAUAGAGAGUUUAUCAAGGGCAUGGCUGAUUUUACCAACAAGAUCAUUCGUGCCGGUAUAUUGGUUACGCUGCUUCCAGGAUGGCUCGGCAAGUUGCUCAUGCGAAGUACGUUUUCUGUAGAGUACGAAAUGGACCUCAUCAUGUCUCGACUCGUUCCUGAGCUAGAAAGGUUACGAAGCGAAGGCACUGACGGUAUAGAACCCACAUUUGCCACCAUGGCAAUGAACAUGCCCAAGGAAGACGGUAGACUUCGCUCGGUGAAGGACGUCGCGUAUUACUUUAAAGACAUUGCCCUAGCGAGUAUCCAUACAACCUCUCAUUUUGCCACGUUUGCUCUUCAUGAACUGGCCAGUCGACCUCAACUGAUGGAAGAGCUCAGGAAAGAAGUGAGCACUCUGGACGAAUUGACUCCUGAGAGUGUAGCUGACUUAAAACUCAUGGACUCAUUCCUUCGUGAAGUGUUUAGAUGCAAUACUGAUUAUCUCGGCCUACAUCACUUGACUCUUCGGGACACUUUUCUUUCCACCGGCCAUUUGAUACCCAAGGGCACUCUGGUGACACUCGCUAUGGAUGAAGCACACCAGGACCCUGCCCUGCUUGACAUGCCUGACCUGGAAAACUUUAAUGCGUACAGGUUCAUGCGCAACGAAAACUUGAAAUCAACCUCGACUGGAAUCAACCAUCUCUCAUUUGGACUUGGCUCUCACCGUUGUCCAGGCAGAUUCUUUGCCGUCAAGGAACUCAAACUGCUCAUUGCAGAAAUGAUUAUGAGAUACGAUGUUAAAACAAGAACAGGAAAACGGGCAGAAGACUUUGUACUCUUGGGUAUGACCAAAUUUCCACCAAGGGAGCCACUGAUUGUGACCAACAGAAAAGUUUAAUAUUAUUAAAUAACCAUGAUACUAUUCAAAUUUUCAUUGAUGAUAAUAUCUGAUACUGCUACCAUCACAUUUUGUAAUAAAUGAGUAUCCGUUGCGUC